AUGGAGGCAAGAGUGUGGGAGAAAGAACAGGGUUGUGCAUACUGUACAGCUGCUGCAGAGGCCUCACCUAAUGGGCAGCCAGGGAUGUGUGUGAGUCUGGGGGGGAAAGAAGGAGGGGGAGGGAGGGGGGCUGAGGGAAGCGCUGGAGGAGCACUGGAGGAGCACUGGAGGAGCGAUGAAAAAUGGGCUCUGUCAGGUGAGCUGUGCACCCGCAACUGGCUCUUAGUUCUGUCAUCUCUGUCUGUCGCUGUGUCCCUGAGCCUCAGCAGGGGGCACCACCUCACAGUACGACAGCGUAAUAAGGACGACUUCAUAUAUGCAUGA